AUGGCGAUCUACUCUAAAGCCGUUGAAAUCAUGAUGAAAAAAGGCAAAGAAGCGCUAAACAACUUCAUAGAAAACCGGAUAGAAUCCAAUGAACAAGACCUGUACACCCCCCUUCCAAAAAUGAAGCUGAAAACUUUUGCGGCAAUGAAGGCGAAGAAAUCGUGCACCGUAAAAGAUAGAAGUCUAACGCUGAAAGCGGACCGCGAUAUAUUUGCACGGCUAUUAGUAAUACGUGGUAAGCGCGACGUUUCCUUGAAAGAAGUCCUAAUCUACUCCUUGAGCCCUAUUCCAUGGUCGCUAGCAACAGCCGACGGAAGCUUUGUUAAAACUGUUAAGUCAAAAUUGCUUGAUGCUAUCGAGAAGGAUGUAGAAGAUUCGAUUGUGGAUACUCUUCCCGACAAUUGUGUACGAAUAUUUGAUGGCAUGGUUAUUAUUCGAAAGCAGGCUUCUUUGAGUUUGGCAACAUUCGGUGAAAUGUCAGAAUAUGUCCUUAAGCGGAUUACAUCUCGUCCUGGUAAAGUGAUCUAUUUUGUUACUGACCAAUAUCUUGAUGAUUCCUUAAAAGGAAGUGAACGCCAACGACGAGCUUCAUCUGGAAGUAUUCGGAUCCAGUUAACGAGAAGAGAUCAGAAACGACCAAAACAGUUCAAGAAAUAUCUCAGUGAUGGUGUGAACAAAGUCGAUCUGGUGAGAUUCUUCAUGGAUGAUUGGUCCCACCCCCAACGCUUCAAAACCAUUAUCGAAGAUAGAGUUGUGUUCUUGACUUUGGAGAGCGAGUGUCACCAGCUGAGAGUAGAAGAAGAUAAUGUUGUCAUUGGCAUGGAAGAAAGCCUUUGUUCAAACCAAGAAGAGGCUGAUACGAAGAUGUUUCUAUGUUGCCAGCAUGCUGUCCACCGAUUUCAGAACCCAAAUAUUUGCAUCUCAACAGUCGAUAGUGAUGUUGGAAUCUUGGCCAUCUAUUUCAAACAACAAAUCCACUGUAAUCUGUUUCUUGAGAUAGGCUCAAAAGGGAAGAAGAGAAUUUUAUCAAUCCAAAACAUUUCCGAGGGCGUUGGUGAACAAAUGUCAAGUGCUCUUCCAGCAUUGCACGCAAUCAGCGGUUGUAAUUCAACAAGUGCGUUUUAUGGCCUUGGAAAACAAAAAGUGUACAAGAUCGUCAAGAGUUCUGGCCGUUUUAAAGAAACAUUGGCGCAGAUGGGCGAUAGUUUUUAUUUCGACACGAACCUUUUCCCUUUGGUUGAAGAAAUGGUCGCUCAGUUUUAUGGCAUUAAAGGCUGCACCAGUAUAAACGAUGCCCGCUACAUGAAAUUCUGCACCAAAAAUAAGAUUCCAGAACCACAGCAACUCCCACCAACCAAGGACGAAUUAUUACUUCACUGUCAGCGUGCUAACUACGUGAGGUGUAUUUGGAAGUCGGCAUUGACAAUGAACACAGAUCCUCCACAGCCAGAGGGUUGGGGUUGGCUUCGAUCGAACGGAGUUUUGGAACCGAAAUGGAUGAGUCAAAAGCCUGCACCGGAUUCCUUAUUGGAGUUUUUGUCAUGCGGUUGCAAGAAAUCAGGCUGUCAAAAUAACAUGUGCGUUUGUGUUUCCAACGGCCUAAAUUGUACUGACCUUUGCUGUUGCAACGCGUGCUCGAAUCUGCCACUCGAUAAUGAUGACGUAAACACAUAUGAAAACUUUGAUAGGGACCCUGACGACUAG